AUGUCCUCCCCCACCCCAGACCUCUCCGCCCUCUCCCUCAACGCCCAGCGCAUCCACGACACUCACGAUUACGAUGCACAACAGGCAGCAACGGCCAGACAACAGCAGUACCACUUCUCACCCUCCCCGCCUCUCCAGAGCCACAGCUACUCGCCGAUGGGCAUCAGUCCGUCUCCUCUCAAGAUGAAGCCGGCCAGGAGCGGUCUUCCAUCCCAAUGGCUCGACACCAACACCAUGAUGCCAGACAGUCGCUCGCUUUCCCCCAAUAAUGCGUCCGAUUUCUCCUCAUCCGGUGGAUCGCCUCCCUCAGGUCACCUCUCCGCCCCCCCGCUUGGUCCUCCCACACCAGGCCAGGGCAAUCCCGACGACGAGAUCAUACCCACAGCUAUUGUUAUCAAGAACAUCCCCUUCAAUGUCAAACGCGAAACCCUGCUCGAUAUAAUUGCAUCUCUCGCUAUUCCCACACCGUACGCGUUCAACUACCAUUUGGACCAGCAGGGCGCAUUCCGUGGCCUCGCCUUCGCCAACUUCCGCCAGGCCAUAGAUGCAGAUGCCGUCGUCGCCGCCCUCAACGGGUUUGACGUCCAGGGACGCAAACUCCGCGUCGAGUACAAGAAGGUUCUCCAGGCAGGCGAGAAGGAGCGCAUCGAGCGCGAAAAGGCCCUCAGGCGCAUGCGCUCCAUGCAGCUCGAGAAGGAACAACAACAGGCCGCCCAGCAGCAGGUCCCUGGGCAUGGUCCGUAUGACGAGUUCGGCGCCGCCAUCAGUCCCAGCUUCAUGCCAGCGCCUCAGCGAUCGUACUCCCAGUCGUCCUAUCAGCAGUCGACGUACUCCCCGCCGCCUAUUUCGCAGCUCCCGAGCGCGACUUCGCCAUUUAGCUCGGCUGCAUCUCCGCCCGUCGGCCCCUCGACGCCGAACCUGUCUGACAAGACCGCUGCCAACACCGAGCUCGAUCUCAACGACCCCUCUACUCUGGAAAUAUAUUCUCGCAUUUUGCUAUUCAAGGACGAUCCCAUGCGCGACGAACUCGCCUUCUCCCGCACUCUUUCUCCCAAGCAGAGGAGGGUUGUACAUCUGAUUGCUCAGAAGCUGGGCGUGUACCACUACUCCGUCGGCGAGGGCGACGAGCGCUAUGCCGUCGUUACCCGUAUCGACCCUAACAGAGUGAUAUCUAACCUGUUGGCACAGCGACAGCCGGGCACGCUCUCGCGGGCCCCUUCGGCCUACCUUUCACCCACCUCUUCGCAGUCGCAGAUGGCGAGCUCGCUGCGCAUGAAAAAGUCUAUGCCGGACAUGAAGACGCUCCAUACCCAAUCCCCGAGGCUGGCGUCGCGCGCGUCUAACGGAAACAUUCGCGAAGGCUAUGCGACCAUUGCCUCUCCUGCUCGUCGUUCACCUGGUGGAUUUGGAGCCCUCUUCGGCAACGCCGGUGUAUUCGGAAGCAGCGGUGGCAUUCCGCCCGUUCCAAGCUUGCCUGCGAGCGUCAGCUCUCUCAACAGCGGUGGUAUCAACGAAGGACCGGGUAGCGGUGUCAUGAGGCAGCCUCGUGGCCCGGGUGUCGAUGGAUUCGCUAGCCGUCGGGGGACGAACACGGAGAGAGGCAACGGGCUCGAGGCUCGUUCUCACGAGCCGCUUGAGAUCUAAGUAAUAGAAGAAGGACGAACGCACGACCACCACGAUUGACCCAUAGUACUCACUGGAAUCAAAACUGUGGCUUCUGGCGCGGCAUGCUGCGAAGCGCACACGGACGGUCUGUAUACAUCCAUCCCAUCCCAUCCUCAUCCCAUUAUCGAUCAAUAUCACAAACGGUUUUUAUAUGCUUCACUUCGGCCCAUUAAUCAUUUAAUCAACUCGGGUUUUUCUUCCAUCCUGAUGUCUCUCGUUUAACCCUUUUUUCUUUCUUUUUCUGAGUCUUUGUGUGUUAUACCGCAUAUGACUGCAUCCUCGUCACCCCCGUGGCCGUAAUGUUCGUUGACGAUCCUCGACCACGCCGCAUGCACCACAGUUCACACUAUGCUGACUUGAUGUUUUCUUUCUUUUGUUCUUCUUUUCCUGCUUCUUGAGCAUUUGGUCAUAUGAAUG